AUGAACCUUCUCUUAGGUCUCUUCAUUUUCUUAUUUUCUUUCUUUUCUUAUUUUCUUUCUUUCUUUCUUUCUUUCUUUCUUUCUUUCUUUCUUAUUUUCUUUCUUUCUUAUUUUCUUUCUUUCUUUCUUUCUUUCUUUCUUUCUUUCUUUCUUUCUUUCUUUCUUUCUAUUUAUCCAGACAGGCUGGAACCAAGAAGAAGGCCAGAAUGUCUCGAUCCCCGUCCAAGUUAUUGCUUCGACUCAUCCAUUGAACAUUUUCUUAUUAUUUUAUUUUAUUUUCUCUUUUCUUUUUCUUUUUCUUUUUCUUUUCCUUUUCUUUUUCUUUUUCUUUUCCUUUUCUUUUUCUUUCUUUCUUUCUUUUAUCUUUUCUUUUCUUUUUUCUUCCUUUUUUCUUUUCUUUUUCUUUUCUUCUCUCUUUCUUUACUUUUCUUUUUCUUUUCUUUCCUUACUUUUUCUUUUCUUUUUUCUUUUGUCUUCUUUUUCUUCGUUUUUCUUUUUCUUUUCUUUUUCUUUUCUUUUCGUUUUCUUUUUCUCUUCUUUUCGUUUUCUUUUCUUUUUAUAUUCGUUUUCUUUCCUUUCUUUUUCUUUUCUUUCCUUAUUUUUUCUUUUCUUUUUCUUUUUCUUUUGCAGCAUUAUAAUUUUUAUUGUAAAAAGUCGUAUUUCAUUUGCAUGGAUAAUUUUUUUUAA